AUGGAGAUAGAAACUAAAGAAUAAAACCUAUUAGAGGUAAAAAUAGUAAAAAAUGAUGAAUAAUCUCAAUAUAUAUGCAAAAUAUGCUCAUAUCCAUUUAACUAACCUGUUUAAUGUGAAAUUUGUGAAAAUAUUUAUUGUUAUAAUUGCAUCAUAGAAUAUGUAUUUGUCAAUAAAAAAUGUCCUUCACAAUGCUCUGUAAUUCAUCUCAUAAAGAUUAGUAGGAUAUUGUUAAAUACCAUAUAAAAAUCUGUUUUAAUUUAAUGCAAUUUUUGUGAAAUAUAGAUAAACCCUUUUGAAUUCAAAUAGCAUUUAACUUCAACUCAUUCAUAUUAGUUUUAAGAACCUGAUUUCAAAAAACAAUUAUCUAUUCCUCCUUUGUAAAAGAUGACUGAAAUUUAAAAGUAUCAAUAUCUUUUAGAAGUUGAUAGUCUAAUCAACAUAGAAGAAAAGGGAAAUGAAGAAAUUAUGUUCACUAUGAAAUGUUCUAUAUGCCUCAAAUAUUUAAAUGAAGAAUCCUCACAAUGCUUUAGCUGUGAAAACGUAUGGUGUACAUAAUGUGUAAGGAGAUUUGAAAAAAAUAAAAAAGAUUAUUGCUUUAAUAGAUGUGCCCCUUAGAAUUUUAUUCAUAUACAAAAAGAUUUCAAAGAAAAAUACUUUAAUAAAUAUAAAGUAAAAUGUGAAGAGUGCGGAGGAUGGUUUAAAGUUGAGGAUCAUACCUAUCAUUUAAAACAAUAUCAUUCAUAAUAAAUAAACUAAGACCCUACUCUAGCUGUCUAUUACCUAAAGUAUGGACGUUAUUACUAAAAAGAUGGUCAAUAUGAAAAAGCAAAUUAGUAUUUUGCAUAAGGCCUAAGCUAUGAUUAUUCUAAUACUAGCUUGUGGUUUAAUAGAGCGUUAAGCCUUUCUAAGAUAAAAAAAUGCAAAGAAUCUAUCAUUUAUUACAGAGAGUACUUAAAAAUUAUAGAAGAUCCUUCUAUUUACUAUAAUAUAGGCAUUAAUUUGAAGAGAUUAGAUUAUACUUAAGAAGCAAUAGAAACAUAUAAAAAAGCCAUUAGUAUUGAUGCAAGUUAUUAUAAGGCAUACAAUAAUUUAGGAUGUUGCCUACAUGAUUUAGGAUAAUUAGAUGAAGCAUUAGAAAUUUUUGACCAAGGUAUCAAAAUAAAUGAUAGUUAUUGUAAUGUAUACGAUAGCAAAGCGACUGUUUUAUUUUAAAAAGGCUAAAUAAAUGAGGCAUUUUAAUUAUAUCAAAAAGCAAUCGAUAUUGAUUCAAAUUAUUACUAUCCUUACUUAGGGAGAGCGAGAUGCUAUUUUGAAUUAGGAAAUUAUGAAUAAGCUCUAUUAGAUGUUAUGAUAUUUAUAGAAAACGAAGAUAAAGACUUAGAUUUGGCUAACAAUUUAGUUCAGAAAAUUAAAUAAAAAUAACUUGAAAUUGUUUCAUAAAAAAACAAUAUUGAUCAAUGA